CAAGUACUAAGUAGUAAAAAAAAAAAAACUGUAUCAAUACAAACUUGGUGUCUUUCUUUCUGUUUUUCUAAUAUCAAACAUGGAAAUACAAUUUCUUUCACGAAACAGAAGCAAUCUUCCAUCAAUACCUCUGCCGAGGCGUCUUCCCAAGCUUCAUCGCUUGCCAGUUCUUGCAGUGCUUACUAGGCCGCCGGAGAAAAUUACUGGAGUAAAAGAGAAGAAUAGUUCAAAGCCGGCAGAUAAGGUAAGGGAACUCACGAGAAAGACUGUGUACAAUGAUAACUGGUUUGAUAAACUAGCCAUCAACCAUCUUUCCAAGAGUGUUCAAGCUGCAACAGGGUUGAGAAACUGCAAGACUGGAUAUGAGAGCUUGGUGCAGGCAGCAAUGGAUGCUUCACAAAAAUUCAGCCUGAUUCAACAACGUGAACUUGUGCUUCAAGCUCUUGAUACAGCCUUCCCUAGACUAAUCCUUGACCUGAUAAAGGCAGUGAUGCCCCAAUCUCAAUUUGCAAGAGAGUAUUUUGCAGCUUUCACCACCUUGUUUUUCGUCUGGCUAAUUGGGCCAUGCGAGGUGCGGGAAUCAGAGCUCAAUGGAAGAAAAGAAAAGAAUGUAGUCCAUAUAGAAAAGUGCAGGUUUUUAGAAGAGACUAAUUGUGUUGGGAUGUGUACUAAUCUCUGUAAGGUUCCUAGUCAAACCUUUAUUAAGCACUCUCUGGGAAUGCCAGUCAACAUGGUUCCUAAUUUUGAUGAUAUGAGUUGCGAGAUGAUAUUUGGUCAGGAUCCUCCUAUGCCAACUGAAGAUCCAGCAUUCAAUCAACCAUGCUAUAAACUAUGUAAAACAAAACAAAAGCAUAGAGUGAAAUGCUCCAGCUAAACAUGAAGGGACAUAAAGAAGGGCAGUUCAGAUGAGAAUCUUCUACCUUGACAGCUAUCUUGAAGUUUUAAGAAAACAACUUUUCAUAAAUAUCUGCACCGGAAAAUCAAAAGAAACAUUUAAUGAUACUUUCACAUACUCAGGGGCAAUCUAAUUGAGUAUCCUGAAACUUAUGAAUAGUAAACAAACCCUGCAACAUUUCAGUAACAUUAUCAUUCAAAUUCCAAACAUCAGCAAUACCCAAGAGCAAUUGUUCAUUUCCAGUAACAUAAAUGGUAACAAUGGCUUGUAUAGGUUGUGAGUGACUCAUUGUUCCUUGGUUUGAUUUCUCUAUAAAUUUUUUAUGCAUACUUUGAAGGUUUA